AUGAAUGCUGAUAAUGAAAGUGAAAUAAUGAAGUAUAAUGAGAAAAUAAUGAGAAUAGAUUGGUCUCACAAGUCAGCAGGUUACUUGCAGAAGAAGACUGUACAAGAAAAUGUCCGCCAACAUUCUUCCAAAGUACAAGAAAAUGUCCGCCAACAUUCUUCCAAAGUACAACUAAAUGUCCGCCAACAUUCUUCCAAAGUACAAGUAAAUGUCCUCCAACAUUCUUCCAAAGUAGAAGAAAAUGUCCUCCAACAUUCUUCCAAAGUACAAGAAAAUGUCCGCCAACAUUCUUCCAAAGUACAAGAAAAUGUCCGCCAACAUUCUUCCAAAGUACAAGAAAAUGUCCGCCAACAUUCUUCCAAAGUACAAGAAAAUGUCCUCCAACAUUCUUCCAAAGUACAAGAAAAUGUCCUCCAACAUUCUUCCAAAGUACAAGAAAAUGUCCGCCAACAUUCUUCCAAAGUACAAGAAAAUGUCCGCCAACAUUCUUCCAAAGUACAAGAAAAUGUCCGCCAACAUUCUUCCAAAGUACAAGAAAAUGUCCUCCAACAUUCUUCCAAAGUACAAGAAAAUGUCCGCCAACAUUCUUCCAAAGUACAAGUAAAUGUCCGCCAACAUUCUUCCAAAUUACAAGUAAAUGUCCGCCAACAUUCUUCCAAAGUACAACUAAAUGUCCGCCAACAUUCUUCCAAAGUACAAGUAAAUGUCCGCCAACAUUCUUCCAAAGUACAAGAAAAUGUCCGCCAACAUUCUUCCAAAGUACAAGAAAAUGUCCGCCAACAUUCUUCCAAAGUACAAGAAAAUGUCCGCCAACAUUCUUCCAAAGUACAAGUAAAUGUCCUCCAACAUUCUUCCAAAGUACAACUAAAUGUCCUCCAACAUUCUUCCAAAGUAGAAGUAAAUGUCCUCCAACAUUCUUCCAAAGUACAAGUAAAUGUCCGCCAACAUUCUUCCAAAGUACAAGUAAAUGUCCUCCAACAUUCUUCCAAAGUACAAGUUAAUGUCCGCCAACAUUCUUCCAAAGUACAAGUAAAUGUCCACCAACAUUCUUCCAAAGUACAAGAAAAUGUACUUUGA